UGUGUAUUUGUGAAUGUGCGUGUGUGUGUGAGUGCCUGUGGAAGCCAGAAGAGCACAUCAGAUCUUCUGGAGCUGGAACUGCAGGCAAUUGUCAACUGCCCCGUGUGGCUGCUAGGAACUGAACCUGGGUCCUCUGGAAAGUAGGAUGGACUCUUAAAUGCUAAGCCAGUUCUCCAGCCCAUGCAUCUUAUUUUUUUAAGGCAGGGUCUAUCACUGAACUUGGAGCUCAGUGUUUCAGGUCAACUACCUGGCCAGUGAGCCCCCAAGACCUAGCUGCCUCCCUGCUCAGCUAGUGCUAGGGUUACAGGCAUGUGCUGCCAUGCCUGACUUUACAUGAGUAUUGGGGACGGAACUCAGGUCCUGCAAGCAUUUUGUGCAGCAAAUAUUUUACCCAUUGAGCCAUUUCUUGAGCCAUCUCCCCAGUCCUGAAGUAAAGAACAUUCCUUUACUUAAAUAUGCUAAGAAGAAAAACAUGGAAAGUAGAUAUGGAUGUCCCAAGAGACUGAAAUUUUAUUUAGAAUGGCAAUGAAAAGCUCACUGGGAAAGUAACUUCUGAAUAAAUAUCCAAAAGAAACUGUAGAGUUCUCCAUGUAAAGACAUGAAGGACUUGUGUACUUGGCAAAGGAAACCCAAAUGUUGAUGCAGUGUGGGUUUAUUGUGUUUUGGAACAGUAGUUAGGCCUGUGAUGUCGUAGUAGGAACAGGAAGGUAGAUGGGUAACUGAUGAAAUAACAGGAACUAUAUACUGCAGGACUUUGUAGGUCAUUGUAAAGCGCAGCUUUUUCUUGGAGAUUUUAUGGUAGAAGGGUCAUCUGGCUUGAACGAUUGUUCUUGUUAGCACAUAGGAGUGCGUUGCAAGGUGACAAGAUCAGAUGCAGUGUCUGCACUGCUGCUGCUGUCUUCGGCUGUCACCAAACCGUCAAAUGUCAGGAGAGGUGAGGACUGAUAAGAACUGGGGUGGUGGAAGGUGCCAAAUUCUGGGACUGUUCUAAAGGCUGAACCAGCAAGCUUGUGACAGUCUGUGUUUCAAAAGAAAAGGCAGUAAAGACCAUUAUCUCAAGAGUGGAACUGAUAGGACCUGAGGUAAAGGAGGACCCUAAGAUAAAUUGUUUCAGGAGAACCACAAAUAGGCCAGGCCAGUUUUGAGCUAAAACACAGUGGGGCAGGGACAGGUAGCCUUCAGUUUAACAUUUGGGAAAAGUCCAGACCUAGAGAAAACAAAGUAGACAUUGUGUGAAUGCCUGUGGAUCCUGUCAUGGCUAUGUGAGGUCACAUGUUGGCAUGAAAAGGAGUCCAGACACUGAGCCUGUAGCACCUUCAUGUUUGCAGGCUGUGGAGAGGAGGAGGCAUCAGCCCAAAGAGCCAGGGAAGGGGUAACAAUGAAAAGACAGUGUUCCGAGUGUCCCCAAGAGCAACGUUAUUCAAGGAAGAAAAGAAUACUUCUGUUUUUGUUUGUUUUUCUCAGGGCAGGGUCUCACUAUGUAGCCCCAGCUAUCCUGGAACUCACUCUGUAGACCAGGGUGGCCUUGAGCUCACAGAGAUUCUCCUGCCCAAGUGCUAGAAUUAAAGGUGUGUGCCAUUACACCUGACUGAAAAUACUUCUUGGCAUAUUUGUGUUAUACAUCCUAUUUCUCAACUUGUUUCUUGACUAGUGGUGAGCGUCUUUUUCAACUGGGGGAAAAAUGGCAGUGUUCAAGAAACUAAAGCUUCUCCUCUGGAAGAAUUUCGUCUUAAAGAAGCGGAAGACUCUGAUAACAGUUCUCGAAAUCCUGAUGCCGUUACUGUUUUCUGCAAUUGUACUGUAUCUUCGUUUCAAUAGUAUGCCAAUACAUGUAUCGACUACUAAGUACCCAGCAUUUGAUAUCAGUUUUCUUCCAAUAUAUUUUUAUUAUUAUCCGAUGAGAAGUAAAUAUCAGUUGGCCUAUAUCCCUUCCAAAAGUGAGACUUUGAAAACCGUUACUAAAAUGGUGGAUCAAGCCUUCACUGUUGGCUUCCAAGCUGUAGGCUUUCCUUCAGUGCCUUUAUUUGAAAACUAUAUAAUUAAGGAUCCCAAGUCUUUCUACAUACUGGCAGGAAUUGUUUUUGACCACAGCUUCAAUAGCAGCAAUGAACCUUUGCCACUUAUGGUUAAGUAUGACUUGCGCUUCAGUUAUGUUCAGAGGAACCUCGCACAACGGAGGCAUUUCAUUUUUCAAGAGGAGAUAGAAGGCUGGUGCACAGCCUUUCUUUAUCCUCCUAGUCUAAGCCAAGAACCCCGGGAAUUUACAUAUGCUGAUGGGGGACGCCCUGGAUACAGCAGCGAAGGCUUCCUAUCAAUACAGCAUGCAGUAAACAAAGCCAUCAUGUGGCACCAUGCUCCCCAUGCAACACUCAACAUGUUCAAGAAUCUCAAAGUACUGUUGCAGAGAUUUCCGUUUGGGCCCUAUAUCCAGGACCCAUUCUUAGUGAUCCUUCAGAAUGAGUUCCCUCUGCUGCUCAUGCUCAGCUUCAUCUGUGUCGAGCUCAUAAUCAUCAGUUCCAUUUUACUGGAGAAGGAGAAGAAACUGAAGGAAUAUAUGUGUAUGAUGGGAUUGGAGAGCUGGCUGCACUGGGUUGCCUGGUUCAUUACGUUCUUCAUUUCUGCCUUAAUUGCUGUUUCUGCUAUGACCAUUCUUUUCUGUACAAAGAUAAACAACGUGGCUGUGUUCGGGAACAGUAAUCCUUGCUUGAUAUUCAUUUUUCUCAUGUGUUUUGCUACUGCCACAAUUUUCUUUGCAUUCAUGAUGAGCACGUUCUUUCAACGAGCACAUGUCGGAACUGUGAUGGGUGGCAUCAUCUUCUUCUUCACGUACCUUCCCUACCUGUACAUCACUUUCAGUUAUCACCAGAGGACCUAUGUCGAAAAGAUAGCCUCUUGCCUCUUCUCAAAUGUUGCCAUGGCAAUGGGAGUCCGAUUCAUCUCUCUGUUUGAAACCAAAGGCUCAGGCAUCCAGUGGAGGAACGUAGGCAGUGUCCGAGGAGACUUCAGCUUCCUCCAGGUGCUGCUGAUGCUUCUGCUGGACUCCCUCCUGUACUGUCUGAUCGGCUUUUUGGUGGAGUCUCCCUUCUUGAGAAAGUUUCGAACGCCUAAGUCUUGGUACUUACUUGCCAAGAGGCCUGUUCCAGCAACACUGCCACUUCUGGACAUGGGGGAUCCGGAGAAACCUUCAAGGAGAGAGUUCAUGCAGGAUGAGCCAGCUGAGCAAAUAAAAUCAAUUGAAAUCCUACAUCUGUAUAAGGUGUUUUAUAGGGGACGGAGUAAACGCAUAGCAGUCAAGGAUCUGAGCUUGAACCUGUACGAGGGGCAGAUCACUGUUCUCCUGGGACACAACGGAGCAGGGAAAACCACGGUCUGCUCCAUUCUUACAGGUCUUAUUUCUUCUUCAAAGGGACAGGCAUAUGUCCAUGGACGGGACAUCUCAAAAGACAUGGUUUACAUCAGGAAGAGCCUGGGCUGGUGCCCACAGCAUGACAUUUUGUUUGAUAACUUUACAGUAGCCGACCAUCUCUCUUUCUAUGGCCAGUUGAAAGGCCUGUCUCCCCAGAACUGCCGUGAAGAAACAGAGGAGCUGUUGCACCUCCUCGGCCUAAAGGACAAGUGGAACUCGAGGUCCAAGUUCCUGACUUGGGGGAUGAAGCGCAAGCUCUCGCUUGGCAUCGCCCUCAUAGCCGGUUCCAAGGUCCUGAUUCUGGACGAGCCCACCUCAGGCAUGGACUCCACUUCCAGGAGGGCCAUCUGGGACCUUCUUCAGCAGCAGAAGAGCAACCGCACCAUCCUGCUGACCACUCACUUCAUGGACGAAGCUGACCUGCUGGGAGACCGCAUCGCCAUCUUGGCCAAGGGGGAGCUACAGUGCUGUGGAUCACCACCGUUCCUCAAGCAGAAAUAUGGUGGAGGAUAUUAUAUGACUUUGAUAAAAACACCUAUCUGUGACACCGUGAAGCUUUCUAGUGUGGUUUACCAACACAUACCAAAUGCAGUUUUGGAGUCCAGCAUUGGAGAAGAAGUGGUAUUCAUACUUCCUAAGAAGACUACGUCCAGGUUUGAAGCUCUAUUUACUGAAUUAGAACAGAGACAGAUAGAGCUGGGAAUCUCCACUUUGGGAGCCUCUGUCACUACUAUGGAGGAAGUGUUCAUACAAGUUUGUAAGUUGGCUGAUUCUGGCACAAAUAUCUUAACUGAGAAGCGACCCUCUGCUCAACCUUCUCCCCGAAUUCACAGAGUUCCUGUUGACAGAAUUAAAUGUCUUCACUCAAGAAUCUUUUCAGUGCAGACUGGCCUGUCAAUCAAAUUAAAUACUGGAUUCCGUCUUUUCUGCCAACAAUUCUAUGCCAUGCUCCUGAAAAAGGUCACAUAUUCUUGGCGCAACUGGAAGUUGAUGUUAUUCGUGCAGAUUCUGCUGCCUCUGGUGAUCAUUAUGUUAAGCCUCACUUUUUUUGACUUCAAAUUAAAGAAAAUGGAAAAUGUACCCUUGGAGCUGACUUUAAAAAUAUAUGGUCAGACUAUUGUGCCAUUUUUUGUUUCUGGGAAUUUCCACUUGGACCCUCAACUUUCAGAUAAUUUUAAAAAGAUGCUCGUGGCUGCAGGACAGAUUCCUUUACAUCUUCAAGGUCCUGUAGAGGACUUCCUACUGAAAAAGGCAAAAACGUCUCCUGAGGAUUUUGAUAAGCUCUAUGUGGUGGCAGCUUCUUUUGAAAGCGUGAAUAACCGCACCACGGUGAAGGCACUGUUCAACAACCAGGCAUACCAUUCCCCUGGCCUGGCUCUGGCUCUGGUGGACAAUUUUCUCUUCAAGUGUCUUUCCGGUGCCAAUGCUUCCAUUACAACAACCAACUACCCUCAACCUCAGACCGCCAAAGAGCUCUCAGAGAGUAUCUUGUUCCAGGGCCCUAAAGGACAUUACCUUGUCAUCAACUUUCUUUUCGGAAUAGCUUUCUUGUCGAGCUCUUUCUCCAUCCUGACCGUCACAGAGGAGAACAUUAAGUCUAAGCACAUCCAGUUUGUCAGUGGCGUCAGCGCAGCUGCUUUCUGGCUCUCGGCGCUGCUGUGGGAUCUCCUUUCCUUCCUCGUCCCCACUCUCCUGCUCGUGCUGGUGUUUUUGUGGUAUAAGGAGGAAGCGUUUGCACAUCACGAGGGUACCGCGGCGGUGGUCUUGAUAAUGAUGCUGUACGGCUGGGCUGCCAUCCCCUUCGUCUACACGGUCAGCUUCUCUUUCAAAAGUCCCAGUAACGCAUGUGCUAAACUGGUGGUGAUGCUCACCUUCCUGAGCAUCUGUCCCAUUGUGCUGGUCACGGUCACAAGCGAUAAAGACCUUGGCUAUGCGGAACUCUCAGACUCCUUGGAUCGUGUGUUCCUAAUACUUCCUGGACAUUGCCUGGGGAUGGCUUUUUCCAAUUUGUACUAUAACUUUGAGCUAAAAAAGUUUUGCAAUGCUAAGAACUUGAAUGAUACUAAGUGCAAUGAUGUUUACGAAGGCUAUGUGGUCCAGCAGAACAUCUAUGCCUGGGAGUCUCUGGGGAUAGGGAAGUACCUGACUGCUCUGGCUGUCCUGGGACCUGUGUACAUCAUCCUGCUUUUCCUCAUUGAAGCCAAUGCAUUCGGCAUACUGAAAUCCAGGCUUUCUGGCUUUACUAGGAAGGAAAAAUUGGGAAUGUUCCUCGAUGUAACCAAGUCGGAAGAUGAAGAUGGAGAUAUUCUAGAUGAGGCAGAAACCAUCAAGUUUUAUUUUGAAACAUUACUAAAGAAAAAUCCACUUAUUGUUAAAGAAGUGUCAAAGGUCUAUAAUGGGAAGGUACCUCUGCAGGCGGUGAACAAGGUGUACUUCACCGUUGAAGAAAAAGAAUGCUUUGGCCUUCUUGGCCUCAAUGGAGCUGGGAAGACUUCCAUUUUCAACAUGCUGACUGGGGAGCAACCCAUCACUUCAGGGGAUGUCUUUGUCAAGGGUUGCAGCGUCAAGUCUGACCUGGCAAAGGUGCGCCAGUGGAUUGGUUACUGUCCUGAAUUUGAUGCCCUGCUAAACUUCAUGACAGGAAGAGAGAUGCUUGUCAUGUACGCCCGUAUCCGGGGCGUCCCUGAAUGCCUCAUUAAAAUCUGUGUGGACCAGAUCCUUGAGGACUUACUCUUGCACAUGUAUGCGGACAAGCUGGUAAAAACCUAUAGUGGUGGCAACAAGCGCAUGCUGAGCGCCAGCAUCGCCCUCAUUGGAGAGCCUGCAGUCAUCCUCCUGGAUGAGCCAACCACCGGCAUGGACCCUGUGGCCCGACGUCUACUCUGGGACACUGUGGGACGGGUCCGUGAGUCUGGCAAGGCCAUUGUCAUCACCUCCCACAGUAUGGAGGAGUGUGAAGCCUUAUGUACCCGGCUGGCCAUCAUGGUUCAGGGCCAGUUCAAGUGCCUGGGCAGCCCACAACACCUCAAGAGCAAGUUUGGCAGCGGCUACUCCCUGCAGGCCAAGGUCCAGAGGGAAUGGCGGCAGGAGGUGCCAAAGUUCAAGGCAUUUGUGGACCUGACCUUCCCAGGCAGCAAUCUGGAAGACGAGCAUGAAGGCAUGGUCCAGUACUACCUGCCUGGCCACAGCCUCACUUGGGCAAAGGUGUUUGGCAUUAUGGAACAAGCCAAGAAGGAUUAUAUGUUGGAAGACUACUCCAUCAGCCAGGUCUCUCUGGAGGACAUCUUCCUGAGCUUCACCAGCCCUGUGUCCUCCACGAAAGGAAAAUUCCAACAAGGGCAAGCUGUCGUAGCCAGCCCCUCUUCACCCUCUCACUCCACCUCGCCUCCUUCCUCCAGUCCUUCCUAUCAGCCUCCCCCGCCUCCAGCCCCACCUCCCUCAGCACACGUCCUGCUGUAA